AUGGCCUCCGCAACGAACAGUGGUUUCCCAACCAACUUCAUCUUGACCCCGCAGCAACAAAGCCUGCUCUUCGCCGCCCUCAACUCGAACAAGCAGCAGCUGGCAAACCAGUCACCCACCACCAAGGACACCUCCAUGUCGCCCUCUUCUUAUCAGACGUCGCCGGCGCAGGGCGCGGCUCAUGGCUUCCAGGAGAGCCCCUACCUCGACAACUACGACUACGACUUCGGCGACUCUAGCUUUGACUUCGAUGUCAGCACCGUCGGUCAGGGCAAAAUGAUCGGUGACAUCCCUGGCAGUGCCCAGUCCGCUCAGUCAACCAAGUCGGACUCGACCGAGAACGACGGUACCGAUAAGAGAGCUCACCCCGACGACGAGGAAGACGAAGACUCGCCUGGAAAUGACGCGAAGAGGCGCGAAGGCGGCGAGAAGGUUCCCAAGAAGCCUGGACGCAAGCCGCUUACCUCCGAGCCGAGCUCAAAGCGUAAGGCACAGAACCGCGCUGCCCAGCGGGCAUUCCGCGAGCGUAAGGAGAAGCACCUAAAGGACCUCGAGACCAAGGUGGAAGAACUCGAGAAAGCCUCAAAGGAUGCCAACAGCGAGAACAGCCAGCUCCGUGCCAAAAUCGACCGGAUGACAGCAGAGCUCAAUGAGUACAAGACGAAGAUGGCAGCCAUGAGCACCCGGUCCCUAUCUCACAGCAAGGCGCCCAUGGGAUUCGGAGCGUCCGCUAUUGGCAACCUGAGCGAUGUCAACUUCCAGUUUGAAUUUCCCAAGUUCGGUGUCCUGCCAGGAUCUCAGAUGCCCAACAAGCCUGCCCAGACUGCGAGAUCUUCCUCGUCGCCUCAUCACGUGAAUGGUAGCAAUCCUGUCAGCCCCCUCAACAACAACAAAGACAGCAGCCCUGGCGUUAUUGCAGGACUCGACUUUGGCACCAAGGACGACCUGGCCAACUUUACAUCUCUUUUCAGCCCAUCCCUUGCCAAUGGCUCGACGGGCACCGGUACAUCGCGUGCCAGCGUUGACUCUGGCUCAUAUGGUAUGAACAACGGCACAUCGACCAGCUCGCCAUCAGCCUCGUCGCAAUCGAACGGAGGUCCAAGUUCAUCUUGUGGAACUUCCCCUGAGCCCUUUACCCAGUCACCCAUGGGUUUCAAGCCCGUUGACACGAUGACGACCAUUGGCGAAGAGUCUACUAACCAACAAUCUCUGUUUGCCGGUAUCGACACCAGCAACUUCGACUGGCUUGCGCAGCAGAAUGGCGGACAGUUUGAUCCUCAGCUCUUCGGUGGCUAUCGCGAACCGCAAGAGAACAUCCUUGCGGGCACCACCUUUGACGACAGUUUCUUCAACGACGCCAUCGACGCCGACUUCAUCACGCCGUAUAACAUGGCCCCUAGCCCUGCCAUUCCCAAGAAGAACCUCAUCGACCAAAUUGAUGCUGCCAAGAACGCAGAUGACGAUGUGGUUAAGGAGGCGGUCAAGGCCGAGAAUUACAACUGCAAUAAAAUCUGGUACGAUCCGGUCCAACCAAAGGCCAAUGCUUCAAUUACUCAUCAAGCCAAUAGGGAGAAGCUCCAGAACUGCCCCAGCGUACAGGCUGGUGAGUUUGACCUCGAUGGCUUGUGCUCCGAACUUCAGAAGAAGGCCAAGUGCUCUGGCCAGGGUCCGGUUGUUUCCGAGACGGACUUCCAAACCGUUGUCAACAAGUGGAUGGGCAAGGAUGCGGCUGCUUGCUUUGCGAGCCAGGACAAGAACAAGACGAAAGCCUAA